AUGUUGUUGCAUACGCGGGACGUUUCGCACCAAAUUCUCUUCAUGAAUUACUUCUACUAUGCUUCAGAUAUUGAGUUUCGUGCGAAGAAACCUCUGUUGCGCAAACUAGCACGGCUGGUACUUCGUCGGGCUUCACCUUUGGCUCGACAACGACCACGACGUCAACACCUUCGCUUUUUGGCUCAACCACCACAACAACGCCUGCAUCAAAACCGCUGUUUGGCAGUGUGCCACAAUCCGGCACAACAACUUCACUGUUUGGCUCCACAACUACUACAUCUGGUGGACUCUUUGGUGCUAAAACCACGACUACAACUGCAUCUGGAGGUCUUUUUGGUGGAUCUACAAGUGGAGGGCUGUUUUCUAAACCAGCAACCUCAGGCUUUGGGAGCACAGGCGGAACGGGGUCUUUUGGGCUCAAAACCAAUGACAGGUGGAUUGUUUGGUUCUGCUGCUGCAGCACAACCGGCAAUGGAAACAAAGCAGACUGUUCAAGGAAUUCUGCAGGAAUCGGAUGCGCUUGUUCGUUCACUGACCAAAGUCGAGCUGUUUGGGGAUGAGCGAGACGAGAUGAUAGCAAAGCUGAAUCAGUUGGCUGCAGCAAUGGGUGUUGGAGCUGGUUACUACAAAGAUGGGCAACAACCAGUGCAGUAUACUCAGAGCGGUCCUUUCCAUCGAAUUAAGGCGAUUGGAUAUAAUCGUACAUCGCAGCACAGUGAUUCAGAUGGAAUAGUCGCUCUCGUCGUGAAGGCUCCUGUAACAGAGUAUCAAACAAGUGAACAAAAACAGAAAUUUGUCGACGCGCUGUUCGUAGUCCUUGGCAGUAAACCAACCAUACACGCUCACAUCGAAUCUGUAACGGCACUUCCCGACAAUUUCACGGAGAUUUGUAUCUACGUAACGGAGAAGUUCCGUGGGCGUAUUUCUAGCAAGGAACUUGCGCAAUAUCUCAAUCAGGCCGCUCAGAAACAGCAAUUAGAAACACAGCUCAAGGUUGAUAAGGAUAAGAUUGUAUCUCGAGUUCAGAUGGACAAACAACAAAAAGAAUUGUAUCUGAGAGAUCCACCCACA